AUGACGGCCUCAGCUAAGCGCCCGUCGACCGCGUGUCUGCGCCCACUCACGUGCGUCUAUCUCGCGCUGCGCACGUCCUGUCCGUCGGUUGCGGCGCUCCCCAACGUCCACGCAUCGAUCUCGUCGUACUUGGACCACUCCCCGCGCUUUUCGAUCCCGCAGGCGUGUUUACGCAUCAUUACCCGCGCGAAACGGCACUUAUUGGAGCGAUUAAGAGCCAAUCAAUGCGCGACUUUGAGCCCCGAGUCGGCCCAAGAGCUCCGGUGGUACCGUCAAUGGGCCUUCGCGCGGGGCAGUGCCAUUGCGGCCGCACGGGGCGACCUCGUCGUCUUGCAGUGGCUCUGUCAGGUGUACUACCCGCAAGGACAAGUGACGGACGCCGUGGAGAAAGCUGCAGAGGCGGGCCACGUGCACAUUCUGCAGUGGCUCUACGACCACCACCGGAACGUGUCGUGGGGCGCGAAUGAGCUGCGGGUGGCGGCCCAGAGCGACCGCGUUGCCGUGGUCAAGUGGCUGUACGCGCACACGUCUCCCCCGGUCUUUGCCGGCGCGCAGGCCAUGGAAUUCGCGGCUGCAAACGGCAACUUGGCACUGGUCGAGUGGCUGCAUACUGAGCAACGACAGUGGUCGGGCUAUGGAGCAGCUGAAGCAGCUGCUCGUGGCCAUUUGCAUGUGUUCAAGUACAUGGUCAAGGGACACGUUGUGCUCCGGGAGAGCGCGCUGAAUGACGCAGCAGCACGGGGCCAGUUGAAAGCUGUCAAGAAGCUUGUGAAGCGACAAGCGUCGUUGUUGACGACACGAACCACGACGGUUGCAGCAGAAAACGGACACUUGCACGUGGUCAAGUGGAUGCACAACAAGAAGUUUGAUGGCAAGUUUGCGCUCUGGACGACGGUAGCCAUGGACAAGGCGGCGUCGAAUGGGCACUUGGCGAUGGUCAAGUGGCUGCAUCAGAACAGGUUCUUGGAAUCGUGGAAGGCUUGUACGCGAGACGCGAUGGAUCGAGCGGCGUGCAACGGUCACAUGGAAGUGCUGCAAUGGCUCCAUCGACAUCGCCAUGAAGGAUGUACGACCAAGGCGAUGGAUGGUGCUGCAGCAAAUGGUCAUAUGAAGAUUGUCAAGUGGCUGCAUGAAAACAGGAUGGAAGGGUGCACGCACGAUGCAAUGGAUGUCGCAGCUGCAAACAAUCAGCUGCUUACUCUGAAAUGGUUGCAUCGAAACAGACGCGAAGGUUGUAGCACGGCUGCAAUGGACAAUGCGGCUGGGGCUGGCCACUUGAAGGUGGUCAAGUGGUUGCACGCAAGACGAAAGGAAGGAUGCACGUUUCAUGCCAUGGAUAACGCGGCUGCUAAUGGUCAUUUGGAAAUGGUCAGGUGGCUGCAGUCGCACCGCAACGAGGGCUGUUCAGUGCAAGCAAUCGAUCGUGCGGCUGCAGGGGGUCACUUGGAGAUGAUCAAGUGGCUCAAAUUGAACCGCUUUGAAGGCUGCACGUCAGCGGCAAUGGAUAACGCUGCGGCUGGAGGGUACUUGGAAACCGUGCGUUGGCUACAUGUGCAUUGUACUGAAGGAUGUUCAGCUAGUGCAAUGGAUGAGGCAGCCGGAGGAGGUCACUUUGAGGUGAUGGCGUUCUUGUUUGCGAACCGCAAUGAGGGUUGCACGUGGCUAGCGGCGGAGAACGCUGCGCGCUCGGGCCAUUUGGAGAUUUUACAGUGGUUGUACCAUCAUUACCCAGACCAGUUCGAUCGUACUCGCGUAGUCGCUGCCGCUAAUAGAGACGACUUGUACUUGACGGAGUGGCUGCACACUGUUGGCAUAUGGUACGCGUCGUAA